AUACGCGCGCGUUCACCGCUGACGGACUGUUGUUGAGGUUGCACCAUAUCGGCUACGUGAAGGUGCGCAUCGUCACCGUUGUUGUUGUCGUUAGUGUUGUUGUUGUUGUUGCUAUUGCGUCAACUUCGUCGGGAUAGUGGGAGUGCUAGGGAUUUUCCGCGACCGUUCCGCGGGAUGCAUUUUUUCGACGACCGUGGUCCGGAAAUUCCUUUCUGCUUGCCUCCUGCCGGAACACUGGCUACUGUGGGAUGAUGCGGCGUGCGCUUGAAACACGUGCUAGUUUUCUUGAAAGAAAUCAAUGACAUUGAAUGGAAGCGGUGUUUAGCGUGUAACGCCGGAAAAGUGCAGUGUAAAAGACAGUCGUGGAAAUUUUGACCAUAAAAUAAACCUCAACCAAGUCGAGUCGGUUGAUUGAUAGUGUGUUUGACAUUGAGUCACAUUUGACGGGCUGCGAGGUGAUAAAGUACAUGCUCUAGAAAUUUUCCAGUUCGCGUUCGCGCGCGCAUAGUGACUUCAACGUGUGUUGGAACAUAAAACCAGUGAUUUAUGAUUCAAAUCAGGGAUCAUCAGAAGAACAACCUCGUGAGAGUGAGUGAGUGAGUUCAACAAAUGUGCUCCUGCCUCUGGAAGACCUCGAUCGAGCAAACCACCCGAGCAAGAAAAAAAGUGUUAAAAUUAAUCAUUUCACAUUAGGCGCAACAAAAAGUUUUAACAGUGCUUCAUUAAUCAACGAAAUAAUAUAGAGUUGUGAGAACACGCGUGAUUCGCUCGCUGCAUUUAGUGAACCCGUCAGCGCGCCCAGAGCAGACAGAAGGAGAGCAAGUGGGAAAAACCGUCAAGAAAAACGAGCAGAAAUUAACGAACCGCCGAGAACUCACCCUACCACCAUCAUCAUGCCCGCAGAAGCAACAGCAGCCGUAGCAGUGAUCCGCUCCGCUCGUCAUCGUCGCAUGGGAGAACGCGGAGAGGCGAUUUAAAAUUUUAAAUCAGAACUCGUUUUUCAAACUAAUAUUUGUUUUAUGGAUCCUCCGUUCCCGGGGCGAGAAGCUUAUGAGUGUGCAGAAAAGUGUGAAUAAAUAAAACUGCCAACGGUUGAAGGUUUUGAGUGAUUUGAAGACCACUUUAAGUGACAGCUCGGUGUGUUGUGCGAAGAGAGCGAGCGAUUGAGGCACUAGCAGGACCUCAGAAGCGGCAAGUAAUUAGUGCGGACCCAGUUUCAGCGAGGGCUUGCUGCUGAAAAAGGGCGUAUCAGAGAGCCAACCUGCAACCAACUGAAGCUUACCGGGCUCAGUUUGGUUGCUCGGUUUCGUUCAGUUCGCGACAAUGGCAGUGUCCUGCCCGGAAGUUAUGUACGGAGCAUACUAUCCAUACCUGUACGGCCGCGCCGGACCCAGUCGACCCUUCUACCAGUAUGAGCGGUUCAACCAGGAUCUCUACCCAUCGUCGGGUGUCCCGCUGGCGGCAUCAUCCAGCACGUCGGCCGGAUCUCACUCACCCUGCAGCCCCCUGUUACCGCCGUCGAUAUCGUCGAACGUAACAGCGGCGGCCGCGGCGCAAACCUCCGCACUAUCCUCCUCCACCUCGAACACAACGAUACCAACGAUACCUCUGGGCGCACUCCAGAGGCACCUAGCCAAAGAGGAAGACAUCAGCACGGCCCGAAGUGAUACCGAAGGUACCAUCCCGGGUGCCCACAACGACAGCUCCUGUUCGUCCGGUCCCGAGUCGCCAAACAAUCUACACCAGCAGGAUGGCAGCGGUGGAGGUGCCGGUGCCAGUGGAGGCGGUGGUGGCGGAGGAGGAGGAGGAGGCGUAGGUGGUAGCAGUAGUAGUGGCGAAACCUCCGGCGGCGGUGGCCGAGCGCAGUACGUGUCCGCCACGUGUGUAGUAUUUACCCAUUAUUCCGGUGAUGCGGCCAGCGUGGUGGACGAGCACUUUUCUAGGGCGUUAAAUUUUAGCGAUAAAAAUAAUAAAGAAGGUUACAGUUCCAUGUCGAGUAGAAACUUUCCUCCCUCCUUCUGGAAUAGCAACUACGUGCAUCCUACCCCACCUACGCACCAUCAGGUUUCCGACCUCUACUCGACCGACGGAGGCUAUUCGACGGACCCGUGGCAUGCGGCCCAUUACGGUUCGUAUGCCCACGCUGCCCACGCACAUGCAGCCCACGCGCACGCCUACCAUCACAACAUGGCGCAGUACGGCAGCUUACUGAGGUUACCCCAGCAGUACGGACACACGUCCAGGUUACACCACGAGCAGCAGGCGGCACAUGCGCUGGAAAGUGCCGCGGCGUAUUCUAGUUAUCCUACGAUGGCAGGUCUCGAAGCACAGGUGCAGGAGUCGUCCAAGGAUCUAUACUGGUUUUAGAUAGUUAGCAAAAUUAUUUGAUAACGUUAGUGGAAAUCAGCCAGAUGUAAACCAGCGAAGCGAAUAUGGGUACAAAAUUUAAAAAAAACCGUGGCACCACACUGCACUAGAAACGGAGCAAAAAUUUCGGACUGCUGAAAUUUGUGAAAAUCAAAAGACAAACCUAAACCUAAAAACAAAUGGAAAAAAAGCACUUGAAAGUGAUUUUAGUGAUAUGUAAUCUAAUUUAUCUAACCGUACACUUCGUUCAAAUUUACUUUUAUUAAGGCACAAUUUUAACUGAGCUUUCAUUCGAAAGUAAACGGUUUUCGGUUUCGAUGAUUCUGUAGACAAUGAUGUAAUCUACCUUCAACAGACUGUGUCAAGUUUUGCUAAACUUGAAGUUCAAUGUAAAUUGUAUCUAAUGUAAAAUCGAAAAUCUUUUCAUUUUCCAACUUAUCUUUUCUGCGCUUCAGCAUGUAUCAUAUAUCGAAUAAGACAGUUGCGUGAAGAAAAUAGUUCAGAAUUACACAGCAAAUAUACUUGAAGAAAAUCACAAUUGAAUUAUGUUACAGUGAUCCACAUACACCACACACCCAUACACAAUAAAAACAGAAGUGAAAUAACCGUUUUCCCUCUCCUAGAUGGAUCGAUAAUAUGUGCAUAUAUUAAAUUAAAAACUUAAAUCAUUGCAGCUCGGCAAGGUGACACAUUUGAGUAUGUUUAGGUACACAAACGGAACCUAUGUAAGCUAAUUUAAAAAGGCAACACAAUACAGCAAGUAAGCAACGCUGCGCUGCGUACAGUUCUUAUAUAACAGUUAUUUUAUUGCAAUAUGAUUAUUAUUACUCCUUCUGCUGAUGAGUGGAACAGGAAAAAGCACACUUACUGACGGAAAUCAUCUGAGCAUUAUAUGCGAGAACCAGUCUUUAUGUAGAUGCCGUCGCGAACGGUAAAUGAUAAAGCAAAAAACUGUAAUAAAGC